GACUGUGCCAUCUAUCGUCAGAUAGAGAAACUACUCGAUGUAAACAAAGCUAGAAAUAUCGACCGGAGAAUAUACAGACCUUUUGCCUAGCUAUCCGGUGCCUCCUUGUGGCCAGAUGGCAACAGUUGGAGGUGAGCUGGUUGGAGGUGAAUUAGGAGUGGUGUUAGAUGACACAACAACUGUUGGGGUGACUUUUGUAGAUUCACCAUCUUUGGAAACCACAAGCUUGAACGUUGAUUCAUUGAACAAUGAUCUUACUGUUUGCCAGUACAUACUUCCUCAUGAUGUCACAGUUGCAGGAUUUGAAGAGGUUGUGGAAGAGGUGGAAUUGGGAGCAACCUCUUGGGACAACCUGAAUAAGUCUUCCUCAUCCUUGAGCCAUGAAUCAAGAAUUUCCUCUGAUCCAAAUCCUGAUGUCUUUUUUACUCUCAUUGAGGAAACGGUAGCACCACCAGGUUUACUGGCGUCACCAACAGGACAGGAAGGUGGUGAGGUCAUUGUUGAGAAAAUUUAUGAGAUGAAAGAUGAUUUAUGUUUUACUGAAGGUAGUGGAACCCCAGAAAUAAAAGUUGAACCAAUAGAUACUAUUGAGCAUUCAAUAGAUAGUGAGGAGCAUGUUAUAGAGACCAUGACAUGGGUCAAAGAAGAAAAGAUAGAAGAUGUCAAAGAGGAGAUGGAGGUCAGUACCCCAGAGACCAGGAAAACGACACGAGUUCGUGUGGUAGCUUAUCAGUGUUCUGAUUGUGUAAUGCAUUUCUCAGAUGAAGCUGAUUACAAGGCUCAUAUGGAAGCCCACUUGGUAAAAUUACAGAAUUCUUGUGCACUUUGUAACACAGAGUUUGAAACAAAAUCAGAACUCCAAGAGCACAUAAAAGAACACUUCUCAGAAAGUAGUGCAAAUACUUAUCAUACAUGCAAACAAAGUUUUAUGACCAAAAGGGGUUUGAAAAGGCACAGAAAGCAGCUUCACAAUCUUGGCACUGUUGUGGUUCUUAAUCCAACUUCUGUGAAGUGCAAUCAGUGUCAACAAAUAUUCUCUGAUAAAUCCUCCUUGAGACAACAUGCCGCCAUUCAUUCUUCUAAAAAACCCUUUAGUUGUGAUGAAUGUGGUGCCACCUUCACUCAGAACGGUUCACUCCAGGUACAUCUCCGUCGACAUAGGGGGGAAAAGCCUUUCUCUUGUCAGCUGUGUGGUAAUAAUUUCACUCGUGCGCAUAGUUUGAAGGUGCAUAUGAAAACACACACAGGAGAAAAACCAUUUUCUUGUGAAUAUUGUGGUGCAUGUUUUGUCACGUCCUCGCAUUUAACAGUGCAUCGUCGAACUCAUACAGGUGAAAGACCAUACUCUUGUAGUGACUGUGGUGCUACAUUUAUCACUACGUCACAUUUAAAUGUCCAUCGGAGAGUGCAUGCUGGAGGAGGAAAUACAGCAGGUGCUCCUGUUGGUUGUCCCCAGUGCCAAGCUUCUUUCAAUGAUCCUGCUCAACUCCGGCAUCACCAGCGUACUCAGCAUCGAUCAAGUCAGCCACAGUCGCAGUUCAUAUGUAAAGUUUGUGAUAAACGUUUUCCCAAUCAUCGUCAAUUAAGUAAUCAUAUGGUUCAUGAGUGUGGCUGAGUAUGGGUAAACUUAGGAGAUAUAAUCACUUGUCUAUUGAAAACAUUUAGGUUAUUAACUCUUUGAAAGAUGAUGAAAUUAGCAGUUGGAAGUCAGGUGUGUAUAAUGUAGGAUGCAGGUAAAGAGUUCUUUUGGUUUUGCAAAAGACAAGUAAGUACAAUAUACUGGGAAUUAUAAUACAAAAUGGGAACUUUGAGAUGUAUGUCUAAUUCAUCAAUUGUUUGCCACAGACUGUAGAUUAUAAUAAGGAGCUACAGUUGCCUUUUAGAAUUCCCUUUGGGGAGUAGCAUCAUUUAUUAGUGUGCCAUGGGACAGAUAUCGUCAGUCUGUCAGGGUGGUAUUGUUGUACGUAGAUUUUCGGCAUAGGUCUCAGGUGGUUAUCAUGUUUGAAAGCAUUCUGAUUUCUUCAAAAGAGUGAAACCCUUUCAUGCAAUAGAGAAACCAAAGAUGUUGUGUGCCGUAUAGUCAGCAGAGAAAAAUGGUGAAUAUGUAUGCUAUUUAUUUUUUAUUUAUUUUUGACAGGUUCAAAAUAUCCUGAUUAUUUAUUAUUUUACUGUAGUCAUAAUGGAAUGCAUGAAUGGUUUUAGCAUUCCUUAUUUAUUUGUUAGUAUAAAUAAAUUAUCAUUACAUAAGUUGGUAUAUAUGUAAAUAUUUGUAUAUAUAUAUAUACCAGUGCAUAUUUACUUACAGAUUGAGACUUGAAUAUGCAUAUGCAUUUAUUGCACAGGAUGCUGUUUAGAGCUCCAAUUAGAGAAAUACUUGGUUUAUGUAGGUACAGUGAGGACUUCAGUGAUGUCUGUAAACUAUAGGUACGUGAUUUGCUUUCAUUGCAUCUUGUAAUGUUAAGACAUAAAGGUUUAUAAAACCAAUACUCUGGUGACACUCAGUGCUUGUUGGAUAUUUGCAUCUAUUACAAAUGUUCUUAUUGUCGUAACUUCCAGUACAGUACCUUUGGACAAAAAUUGAUUCUAGUCAUUGUGUGUAGAAUAGUAUUUUUUUGUUUAUUCAAAAGGUAAAUGCAAUACAGUAUGUGUUGUGUUAUCUAUGAAUAGCCGUGCAGUUUCACGUCCUUUUUAGUUAAGUAAAAAAAUAUACUUGGCCAUUUUUAUGAAUUAAAUAUCCUUCAGAGAUUAGGGACAAUUAUUUUCUCUACUUAAUUUCAGUGCCUAAUGGUAAAAAUUUGAAUUUUCUACUUAAUUGGUUUUCCCUACCUGUAAAGUUUGAAUCUCACCAACCAAGAAACCAUUGUUAUAUGUCAGUACAUCGUGUUAAUACACUUCCUCUUUGAAGUGAAUGAUACUGAUAGGUAUUACUAUGCAUUUAUUUUUUCCUCUUGUCUAAGUUAAGAUGUAUCCAUGACAUAGGUAUAUCUAGUUCAAGGAAGUAUUACGCUUUAUUUAGCAUGGAGUUGAAAUUUGGUAAGGAGAUUUUUAAGUUAGCUUUUGUACAACUUUUAGUUAAAUGCAAACAAAAAAUUUCUAAUUUUCAUUUAUUGUGUUUAAGAUCACAGCCUAUUAAAUUAUUUUCCCUUGCAUUUGAAAUUGUUCUUUUGGAGUUCAACAUUACAAUUUUGAAAUUUGUACCAAACAUAGUCAUUAUCCAAGGGGUUGUGUACAGUAUUACAAGUUCUAAAAUCUUGCCAUGAUAUUUCUUCUUGUUAGAGUAUUUAUUGUUUAGUAAAUUAUUUGUAUGAAGGACCGUUAAAAUUAUAUUGUUUUCCUUGAUGCUAUCAUGUUAAAAUUGGUUAACAUUUUUCAGUAACCUAUUUGUGCUUUCCCUAGUAUGAAAAUUAAAUAAAAAUUUUUAAUUUUUUCAUGUUUCCUUCUUAUUGUGUUAGCAGAAGUAUACAGUUAUGUUGGAAAGUAAUUCAUCUUGUAGUCUGCCAUCAAAGGUGCCAUUUCUUAGUGCCAUGUGGUUUCCAAGCUACUUUGGUUAUUUAUUUUUGUAUUGUUACAUUUUAGCAACGCUUCCAGAUGUUUGAUGAUGCAUACAGAGUGACAAGGGAAAGAAUAAUGUUGCAUACAAUGAUGAUGCUGUUGAGUGCUUAGGGUUUUGACUGUACUACAAUUACAAUAUUGAUGAAAAUUCAUGUUUCUUUUUUUUUUUUCUUUUAAGUGAAAUAUGGGGUACUGUAUGAUAUGAUUUUAUUAAAAUUGUCUUCCUACAGAUGGUAAAUACUAAGUACAUGUGCUAGUUACAGUAUAAUUAGAGAAGUGCUUUUACAUAAUUGUUUGUCUCUUAAAUGUGACUCUUCAGAGGCAGGAAGUGAUUCUCAUGCACAUGGAAGGUCAUUGAAUAUUUGGGAAGAUUACGAAAAAAUAUUUGAUACGUUGUAAGGCUCAAAAUAUACCAUGAUAAAUUGGAAAACAAUCUUAAAAGUGGGAUUUUAUUAAAAAAUCAAAAUUUUACAAUCUGGAAAGCAGAAGUAUAUUGUACACAUUAUUUUGUACAUCAUUUACUCCAUUUAAUCUUCAGAUGUUCAUUGCUUCUGUCUGCUUUUGAUGUGUUGUUACGCUGCUCAGUGGUUCUACUUAUCUCAAUGUGUGUGAUUUUCAUUGCGCUAAAGUGUUCUGUCGGUUUAGAUUUUGUAAUCAGCUGCAGGAAAAUGGGGUGCUGUCUACUGAAGAGUAAAUUUCACAUUAAGUUGUUUUCAUGAAGGUGUAUUUUCAAUUGAAUUUAGUGUAGUGGUCUUAGUGUUCAAGAAUUUUUCGCUGAACCUCUGUUUCCUUUGUACAGACUCCUUUUCUUGAUUUGUUCUAAGCUGUUCAUUGGUCUGUUGAAAUUGGUUUCAAUCAUAUGUUUUGAACCAUGAUCACAUUGUCUUUGUUAGGCUCAAUAGCUGUUGUUGACUCCUAGUCUUUUGUUUUUUUUUUGUUUUUUUAAUGUGGAUUUGCUGAUUAGAACUUGUGUUUUACCAGUGUAUUACAUUUCAUUUAAGUAUAAACAGAAAAUUGCUUGUGUAGUACUCUCAAAAUUUUGUUCCUGUUUUGAUGUGAUGUAUUUGCUGCAGUCUUAUGCAGACUUUAUUGAGCAGUGUGAUACAGACGUGGAUUUUACCAGCUGCAUCUUAUUGUAGCUUUACUAAAGUCAAGGAAGACGCUGGAGUUUUUAAGACAGUACAGUACAAUGCUUUAUUAUGUUACCUACAGUUGCACUCCUAGGGCAUUCAGAUAGUCAUUAAUAUAGUAUUGUUUACAAGGGGUGUCUGUAUGAUUAUAUUUAUACCUUAAAAUCUAGUCAUUUUUUCCCUCCUUUAUUUUGUAUGCUUCAGCCAAAUUAACAAUUUGAUACAUGUUUGUGACAGUUUGAAUUAUAGUGUAGCCAAGAUUAACUAAAAAAGAAUGGAUUGAU